AAACAUCACUGACCCUUCAGGAGCAAAUCCAGAGGCUUCUCCUGCAGCAGCAGCUAUGGAGAACAGCCCAGCAGAAAAACCAGCUAAACACAAGAAGAAAAGCCUUUGUGCAUUCUUCAAGAAGACAUGGCUUGCUGUGAAAAGCACUCGUCGAGGCAACAAAACAGCCCCUCCUCAGCUUGUGACGGACACAGAUUCAGCUGAUCUUCAGUGUGGUCCUUCUGAUCUCGAACCAGCAGCACACUGUCAUCCAGCUGAUCCACAGCCAGGCCCGUCCGGCCUAGAGCCAAUAACUCUACAGGAUCAACCUGAUCCUCUGCCAUGUCUGUCCAGCAUCACACCGAUAGACUGUGAUGAAAAUCCAGCUGAUCCCAAGCCAGCUGAAGAAAAUCAAACAAACACAAAGAAGAAGAAACGCAUUCUCACACUCUUCAAAAGAUUGUGGCGGGCUGUAAAAUGUGCAUCAACACGGAAAAAGCACAACAAAGUGGCUCCUCUUUGUGCACAACCCGACUCCGAUUCAGCUGAUCCUCAGUCGGAUCCAAACAUUCUUGAACCGAUGGCUCUGCAGCAUUCAGCUGAUCAUCGGUCAGAUCCCUCUGUCCAUGAAACCAUGGCUCUACAAGAUCUGACAGAUCCUCCAGAAGAUCAUCUGUCUUGUUCGUCUGAUCCUGGUCAAGAACCGCCUGGUUUUGUGCCAACGUGUCUGCAGGAUUCGGCUGAUCAUCAGUCGGAUCCAUCUGACUUCGAAACCAUGGCUCCACAAGAUCCGACUGAUCCUCCAGAAGACCAUUUGUCUGGUUCGUCUGAUCCUGGUCAAGAACUGCCUGGUUUUGUGCAAACAUGUUUGCAGAAUUCAGCUGAUCAUCAAUCGGAUCCAUCUGUCCUUGAAACCAUGGCUCUACAAGAUCUGACUGAUCCUCCAGAAGAUCAUCUGUCUGGUUUGUCUGUUCCUGGUCAAGAACCCCCUGGUUUUGAACCAACAUGUGUGCAGAAUUCAGCUGAUCAUCAGUCGGAUCCAUCUGUCCAUGAAACCAUGGCUCUACAAGAUCUGACUGAUCCUCCAGAAGAUCUUUUGUCUGGCUUGUCGGAUCCUGGUCAAGAACCGCCUGGUUUUGUACCAACGUGUCUGCAGGAUUCAGCUGAUCUUCUUCCAGGCCCGUCAGCUCUUGAGCCAGUACCCCCAAAAUUUCCAGCUGCUUGCAAGCAUAGACGAAUCAAGGAUCAAACCCGAGCAGCCUGUUUCAGCCGUCCAACUCCAGUACCAUUUGAUGAGAUUUAUGAAGUGGGAGAUGAGCUUGGACAAGGAGGCUUUGGCACUGUGUACGAGGGGACUUCAAAAAAUCAACGCAAGAAGGUUGCCAUCAAAAUCAUCCUCAAGUGUGAAAGAGACCGUUAUAUUGAACUACCUGGCUGUUCAAAGCCACUGUUUGCAGAAGUGGCUGCAAACCUGCUGCUGACACAGGCUCCAUUAAGCCCCUACAUUGUGUACAUGCUGGAAUGGUUUGAAGAGGAGGAUCGGUUCAUCCUCAUCCUGGAACAUCCGGAACCCUGCAAGGACUUGCUCAAAUUUGUGGUUAACAACAUGCAUUGGGCGAACGAAUUACAGACACGUAGCCUGAUGUAUCAAGCGGUGCUCGGGGCCAAGCACUGUCUUGACCGAGGUGUCUUUCACCGGGACAUUAAGUUGAAUAACUUUCUGAUCAACACGACGACUAACCGAGUCCAACUAAUAGACUUUGGCUGCAGUGACCUCGUCAAAAGUACAGGCUACUUGGGUGAUUUUAUAGGAGGAGUCUGCCCGCCUGAAUACUACAACGACUUAAGAUACAAGGCAGAGCCAACAACCGUCUGGUCUCUGGGUGUAAUGAUGUACGCAAUGAUGUGCAAAUGUCGACCCUUUAGCAGUCCUGAAGACAUGAUGCAUGGCAGUCUGAGUUUUAACGUUAGAGUAUCCACAGAAUUGCAGAAUUUGAUAAGUCGCUGCCUGACUGUUGACCCAACUAAGAGAGCGACUAUUGAGGAGAUCCUACAGCAUAAAUGGUUU